GCAGUAUUCACUCGCGCGCCGCGCGCGGUGCAUUGUGGGACAAGUCGCCAUUUUGCAGUCCUCUGAGUAGUCGAGUGGCAGCCUGCCUACACGAAGGUCUUGUAGUCAGUGCAACAUGGUGUAUUGCGCGAUCGUCGGCUGCAAUGCCCGCACGCAGAGCAAGUUGCAGAAAGCAGAGAGCAAUGCGCCGGAUCGUGGUUUUUUUAAAGUGCCGAAAGUGCGCACGAACGAGUGUGAGAAGACGAAAGUUCUCUCGGAAGAGCGUCGUCGUGUUUGGCUGGCGCGUAUCAACCGAGCCGGCAUUGCGGACCCUGACAAGCACCGCGUCUGCUCACGGCAUUUCUUAUCAGGCAAGCCCGCCGGUCUCUUUGACGACUGCAGUCCUGACUGGGCUCCUUCGCUGCAUUUAGGACACGAUAGUAAAGCGGCUUGCGGGAGCCGAUACAUUCGGCUGAAAGCACGACGAACCCAACGGCAGCAAUCCCAUCCGACAGUUGCAGCCGCGGAUGUACAUCCAGCCGGAGACAUGCCGCCUGGGUCGCAUGCUGACGAGACUGAUGCAGUGCAGUCCUUGGAAUCUGGCAUAAGCUGCCAAACUGAGAUGACUGGGAGCGAUAUCAUUCAGCUUCAAAAGGAAGUAGUCAGCCUACGAGAAGAGCUUGGAUCUGCGAAGGUGGAACUAGCAGCAGGAAAAUUCACCGAAAACGCAUUGCGCCAUAAUGAUGAAAAGGUGUCAUAUUAUACUGGGCUGCCAACAUUUUUGAUGCUCUUCUCCUUGUUCAACAUUCUCAAAGAACACGUCUCACAUUCUUCCAGAAAUGUCCUCACGCAGUUUGAGGAGCUCUUUCUGUUCCUCAUGCGGAUGAGGCUUGGCAUUCACCUUCAAGAUUUGGCAUAUCGCUUCAAGGUGUCACAGCCAACCGCUUCGAGAAUUUGUGAGAAGUGGCUAGAUGUUUGCUACGACCGCCUGAGUCCACUGGUGUACUGGCCUGAGAAAGAAGACGUAAUGAGAACGAUGCCAGUUUGUUUUGUUGAGAAUUUUGGGCUAAACGUGAGGGUUAUAUUAGAUUGCUUUGAAGUUUUCAUCCAGAGGCCAAGUUCGCUUCUAACACGAGCUCAAACAUGGUCCCACUACAAACAUCACAACACUGUGAAGUUCCUGCUAGCAAUAUGCCCACAAGGGAUGAUAACGCACAUUUCAAAAGCAUUUGGUGGCCGUGCUAGCGACAAGCUAAUCACUGAGGACAGCGGUGUUCUACAAUUGCUUGACAGAGGUGACAUUGUUUUGGCAGACAGGGGCUUCCUGAUAGCAGAAAGUGUCGGGAUGUGUUGUGCCACACUGGCAAUCCCUGCCUUUACAAAAGGGAAAAGGCAGCUUUCCAGCAGGGAGGUUGAGCAAACAAGGGAAAUCGCUAAUGUGCGAAUUCAUGUAGAGAGGGUAAUAGGAAUGGUGCGGAACAAAUACACCAUACUGAAGGGGACAUUGCCAGUAGAGGUUCUGAGAAAGAACAACAACCAUGAAUGUCCAAUCGACAAGAUUGUGAGAGUGUGCUGUGCACUAACAAACUUGUGCAAUACCAUAGUGCCAUUUGAUUAGCCCUUUGAUGACAAAGGUUUUUUUGUUUGUGCAUCUCACCUUUGCUAGGUCUUCUUGCGUGAUU